AAAAAAAUCUGAAUUCCUGCCCUCAAAUAUAAAAGCAUUUUGCCUUAACCCUUGAUUAUAAAGCCACUAAUGUGUUUUUCUUUUCUGACAAACUGUCAGACUGAAGCCAGUUUGUCCUUGUUAAGGCACCCGUCAACAAUCGCAUAUACACUCCUUAAAUUAGUAACAUCUUUCUCGCUCGCUCCCUCCCUCCCAUUCUCACUACGCAGUGUUGCCGUUUACUACUUCCCGUAACUCUGUGACAACAACGUCCCGUGUUAGGGCUUGUCAGGAGCUGGUGGUCUGUUUCUGGGAGUGUAUGGAUGCCACUAUGUCAUAUGAAUGUCUGAAUGUCCCACUUCUGAGAGACAACCCUUUAAAAGGAGUCGUUUCCGACAGCUUGCGUUAUCAGGACCAGGUGUCAGGAAUGCAAGUCAAAUUCCUGGCAUAGCCUCAUCGUGUAUAAAAGAGCAGAGGUUGGUCCUGAGGGAUACAGCAUCCAGGAGCUAUUUAGCAAAGAAUCUCCCAAAAGGUCCACCAGAAGAGAAAUAUGCUGCUUUUUUCCCAUGUGGCCUGUAGCCUUCUCCUCAUCUUGAAACUUCAGCUCAUCAGCACAUAUCCUGUCAGCACCAGUGAUGUGGACAUCUUAAGGGUGCUCCUUGGCAGAUUAGAGGAGUCACUUCCAGAGCGGAAUGAGAUGGAGCAGAUUCUCACUGCAGAGAAGGAGAACACUCUUGAUGACUUGAACGCACAGCAGCCACAGGAAGCCUUGGACGAAGCUUCAAUUAGGGAGUUUCUGUCAGCCAAAAACCUGAAGAGCAUCCGCAGCGACUCCAGCAGGAGAUCUUCUGCUUGCUUUGGUCGCCGUAUGGAACGAAUAGGUUCCAUGAGCUCACUAGGCUGCAAUAGUGUUGGCAAAUCCAUUCCCAAAGGACGAUGAAGUCAUACCAUCGACCACCUUGCAAAACUGCAACGUCGAGGCCAAAAGUUAUUUAGUACUCUAUUUAUUUUACCAAAUAUUUCUAUUAAUUUGUUUGUGCAUUAUAUGUUUAUUUAUUUAAAUGUACGUAAAACAAUUCCUGCCCUGAAUGUUUCAAUAAAUGUUUACAACUGCA